GGAGUGUGAGUUUUUAAAAAAUCGUUUAUAAUUACAACGCUGCAGACGGGUUCCUUUGCAUAGUUUUGUAGGCAAUCGUCACUAUUGUUUGCAAUGCAACAGACAUUUGAGAUAUGAGACGAUUAUGAUCCCCAGGGAACUGAUCUCCAGAUAAUCUGCAGGGGAGGGGUCAGUGGUUGGGAGCCUAAGAUUCAGGAUGGAACCUCAGCUCACCAGCCAGCAGACUUUCGAACCCAAUGAACACCAGCAUAUCCGUUAUAACCCUCUCCGUGAUGAGUGGAUCCUGGUCUCUGCUCACCGGAUGAAACGUCCUUGGAAAGGACAGGUUGAGAAACCAACAGAGGUGAACAUUGCACGUCAUGAUCCAAGUAACCCUCUUUGUCCUGGAGCAACAAGGGCUAAUGGCGAGGUGAACCCAGAGUAUGAAAGUACUUAUGUGUUUGAUAAUGACUUUCCAAGUCUGCAACCAGAUGCUCCAGACCCAGGUCCCAGUAAACACCCAUUGUUUCAGACCAAAGCUGCUAGAGGAAUUUGUAAGGUCAUGUGCUUCCAUCCUCAUUCCGAUAUUACCCUGCCAUUGAUGUCCAUUCCAGAAAUCAGAGCUGUGAUUGACAAAUGGGUGGAACUGAUGGUAGAACUAGGAUCAACAUAUCAAUGGGUGCAGAUUUUUGAAAAUAAAGGUGCUACGAUGGGAUGUUCAAACCCACAUCCACACUGUCAGGUGUGGGCCAGUAGUUUUCUUCCCAAUGAGCCAAGAAUAGCUGAUCAGACACAACGUGACCAUUACAACAGCCACAAAAAGCCAAUGCUGGUGGAGUAUGCCAAGUUAGAGUCCCAACAACAGGAACGUAUCGUGGUUGAAAACGAAGACUGGUUGGUCGUUGUUCCAUACUGGGCUAUGUGGCCUUUUCAGACUUUACUUAUUCCAAGAAGACACGUGCUUCGUUUACAAGACUUAUCUGAUAAAGAGAGAGGCAGCCUUGCUUCUAUAAUGAAAAGACUUUUGACAAAAUAUGAUAAUCUAUUUGAGGUCUCUUUUCCCUACUCAAUGGGAUGGCAUGGUGCCCCCACUGGACAGUCUUUGCUUGAUGACAACCGUCACUGGCAGCUUCAUGCUCACUACUAUCCACCAUUGUUACGGUCUGCCACAAUCAGGAAAUUUAUGGUGGGGUAUGAGCUGUUAGCUCAGGCUCAAAGAGAUCUCACACCUGAACAGGCUGCUGAACGCUUGAGAAAUUUACCAGAAGUUCACUACAAGCUGAAGCAGAAUCAGCCAGAAAAAUGAAUGGACUUAAAUUAACUGCAAAAAGCAUGCAUCAUUGUUUUUUUUUGCUUAUAUUGAUGUGCCUUUUGCUUUUAGAGAUCUUUUUUUAAAGAAAAGCAUGAAAUUAAAAAGCAUUGAUGUACACUUUACUGGUGUAAACUGUUUACCAUUAAACAUAGUUUUCAAACAU